AUGCUAGGUACUAAUAAUAUCACAUAAUCCAAAGCUUAACAUGCCCUAAUCACACAAAACUCUGGUCAUAGCCUUUAAAGCCAUAACUAGACCUAUUAAUUCCAGGUUUAGCAAUAGCAGAGUCAAUAGUAGUUGCUAAAUAAUGGUCAGAGUGUCUGGUCAGCGAUGAAAUAAGAUCUAUUUAUUCAGAAUUGGAGUAUGAAUAAUGUCUGCAAUAACUAACAUGAUCUUAAUACCGCAACUUAGAACUAUAGAUAAUAAUAACAAUACCAAGAGCAAAGCAAGCAACUCAACGUCUAGUAGUCGCAUGUAUAGAGAAAGUCAUUUUUCUAACAGAGACAGGAGCCCCAAGGUUUUUCAAAUAAGCAGGUUGGUAGUUGUGCAUCUGCAACUACUUAACUUAUUCAUACAAACUUGAUCCCUGCUUACAAUUCAAACCUCAAUUACUACACAUCGUAAAUUCUUAGCCCCUUAGACAAUUAUAGUCACUAGAAUAUCCCUUCAUAUCUCGAUAGCAAGAAGGGUGAUUAGAGGCAUCAACAUCACUAGAGCAAUAACUUUAGCAAUUAGAAUAGAAAGAAUAGUGGAAUUAACAAUCGCUAACAGUCAUCUCACAAGCCAACAGGAACAUUACUGAAAGAAAAUACUUAAAAUCAGUGGUCCUAAUCUAAACUAAUCACUGAAGUUCCUGUAAAUAAAAGCUAGUAACAAAAUCAUAACCCAUGGGUUAAUAAUAGCAUGACCUACCAAGUUGCAUCAAGACCUAAGAACUAGAAUCAGUAAUCGCAAUCGCACUAGAUCUAGGAGUAAAAUAAGGAAACAUUAUCUGAUAUUCCUAAAUCCUAAUUGAUUGAAGAGAAAUAACAACAAACUAUUAUUUAAUAACAAUCUACUAUCAUUUCAUAACAAUAACCAACUGCCACUACCGCUUCAUCGAUGAUGAGAAAGAAGUAUGAAAUGUGUAAGAAUUUCAAGGAGAAGGGUGUCUGCAAAUAUGGUGAGAAGUGCUUAUUUGCUCAUGGUGAACAUGAACUCAGUAGAAGAGAGACUGAGGUUAAAAAGGUUGAGGUUGUUGAGAAAGAAAAUAUGACUGUUGAAGCCGUUGAAGAACUACCUAUCAAAAUAUCAACCCCGGCUAAGUAAUCAAAUACUGUAACCAUAACUCAGGAUUCAGCCAAAAAACCUGUUCAACUAAUGUCACCCACCUAAGUACUCAUUUCUUCUAUAAGUACUACCAAGAUUCAAAAGGCCCCUAGUCAAUAAAGUGUUUUCCCAGAAUUUUUAUGCUAACUACUCGGAAUUUAAGAAACUAAAGAGGGAAAGGGAAUCUAAAGAAAUCGUAAGAGAUUACCCAUUUUUGAAGACAUCACUAAGUCCAAUUCAGCCAAGAAGACUUAAAACUUCCAAUAGCACACAACAGAGUCAACUGAAGGAGAUGAUGAUGGAUAGAUGGACUAUUCAGAGUCAUGGAGGUUAAUGUGCUUGGAUGAAGAAAGUCAAUGUACUUUUUCUUGUAAAAAAUCUCCUUUAAAUUACUAAAAAGACGAGAUACAGAUAAAUAACGGCAUCUUUGUUAGUUGUUUCUCAAAUCAAAGCAACAAGAAUGAUGAUAUGAUUGAAAAUAUUUUUAGCUAGGAGUAGAAUUGUAAUGAAUUCUCGCUCUUCAGCAAUGACUUUUACUUAGGAACCUUUGGAGAUAUCAUUGAUAAGUCCUUUUGCCAUCAGUUAGUUGAUAUUCAACUUCCUUAAACUUCCAGCAAUAUCAUCGAGCUCAAUCAAGAGUCCUAAGGAAACGUCCCUCGUGACAUCUGGGCACAGGUAGAUUAGAUUAACUUUCUGAACGACUUUGAUCUUCAACCUGCCCUAUUGCUUCAGUGA